CCGGCUCAAUGACACAACUAAAUAAUUUCAGAGGACCAUAGCUAGCAGGCUACUCUUUAAAAUAAAAUCAUGCAAAUUUGAUUAUUUCCUGGCCAAGUUGAUUCAUAUGCGUUGUGUUAGAGACAUAAUCUUCGCAAUAACACAACUAGGUUUUGGACUGUCUGAGCGAAAUGGCUGAGUUUGGUUUCAACGAGCACCACCAGAACGAAGUGAUCAACUACAUGCGCUUUGCUCGGUCCAAGAGAGCUCUGAGAGUCAAGACCAUCGACUCCUGUUUCCAGGACCUCAAGGACAGCAGACUGGUGGAGGAGACCUUCACAGUGGACGAGGUGGCGGAGAUGCUGGAGGGGCUGCAGGUGGUGGUUCGGGGGGAGGUGGAGACGGAGCUCAUCAACACGGCCCACACCAACGUGCUGCUGCUGCGUCAGCUCUUCUCCCAGGCUGAGAAGUUCUACCUCAAGCUGCAGACAGAUAUCUCAGAGCUGGAGAACAGGGAGCUGUUGGAACAAGUUGCAGAGUUUGAAAAGACUGAGUUUCAAACCACCGGGAAGAAGGCAAAUCAAGAGUCAAACAAGCCCAAGUUAGCCCCUCUGAAUGAAGGAGGGGUAUCUGAACUACUCAAUAAGGAGAUUGGUAGACUGCAAGAGGAAAAUGACAAGCUCAAAGCCAGACUUCGGACAUUAGAAUCACAGGCUACCAGUGCUUUAGACGAGAAAUCCAAGGCAGAGAAGGCUUUGAAAGACCUACAGAAGAUUCAGGGAGACCAGCAGUCCCAGCUGCCGCUGCAGUCGCGGGACACCGACAGUCUAGAGAGCACGGUAACGGCCCUGAAGGCCGACCUCCAGAAGUCCCUGAGCGCCAACGCUGCGUCCCAGAAGGACCUUCAGGAGAACCUAGUUACUGCCAAGCACGACCUGCUGCGGGUUCAAGAGCAGCUUUCGCUGGCCGAAAAGGAGCUAGAGAAGAAGUUCCAGCAGACCGCCGCCUACCGCAACAUGAAGGAGAUCCUCACCAAAAAGAACGAGCAGAUCAAGGAUAUCAGAAAGCGCUUGCAGAAGUAUGAACCAGAUGAAUAAACAUAUCAGGUGGAUUACCUGUCCUGUGAUGUGCACAGAUGGUUAAAGUGCCUCAAAUCUAAUAGAGGCUGUUUCAGUGAAAGACUGGAAAACAGCAGAGAGCCUUCGCUCUUGAAAAGCCACAUUUCACUUUUGCAAAGGACCCUGCUUUGGGAAAAAAGACAUUAUUUGGAAAGAGGAACAGCGUAGCGUAACCCCAUUAGUUCACAGGUAGCUAUGCUCUGGCUGUAAAGUACAUAUCGACUUACAGACUUGGGUUUAGGACUUACGGCAUUUAAAGUAGUGCAGUAGGAUUGAAUAUAUGACGGGGCUGGUCUAUCCUGGCUGUGGAUCCAAUCUUUGGAUUCCAGUUUUAACAGGUACUGGAGUUAUAUAAGUAAUAUCUUGCUGCCAGACUAGAUUUUGAAUGUUUCCUUGACAUUUUUCUUUGCCUUGCAAUUCACACUCUUGUAAUCUACGCUGGAAAAAUGUCGCUCAUUCGCUGAAUAGUGGUGAUCCUGGAUACAUACUGGUGUCCUUCUGAAAUGUGGAUAUUUUUAUGGUAUCAAGUCAAAAAAACGUAUGAAUACAGAAUACAAUUUUUUAUUAUAUUGAUAUUGUCCAUCUCUGUGUAUGUAAGCAGAAUCCACAGUGGAUUUUACUUAUACUGCUAAUAUUUGCAAAAAUGUGGGCACCACCAAUCAGAAAGCCUUUUACAAUUAAUAUCUUGGUGAACAGAGGCAAACUUAACCUGUAAAUGUUACAGGGUUAAACAGACCUUUUUACAGGGUUAAACAGACUGAAAUUUUUUAAGCAGAAUUGCUUUUGAUUUUAAUCUUUACUGUUUAUAAAUUAUAAAAAGGGAAAAGGGCCUUGUGCAAAAGUUUGGGAACCGUUUUGGAUUAUGCUUUGUUACUUUUAACAAAUAUGAUUACUCUGGCCCAGACCCAGGUGAUUUACUUGUUUCAAAGGGAAUGGUUCAUUUCCACCAAGAAGGAGAAGGAUACAAAAAACUUGCUACAAACUGCCUAUUUCCACUGUCACUAACAUUAUUAGAAAAUGGAAGAUAAAUGGAACAGUUGACGUCAAGGCAUGGUCUGGAGGACCAAUAAAGAUUUUAGAUAGAAUGGCCUGAAACCUGGUGAGAAAUGGUCCGAAGAACCCACACACCACUGCAAAAAAGUGUAAUAGGCACAGGUCUAGCUUUUCACCGGACAGCAAUACAGCCUACUUUAAACAACUAAGACCUACACGGCAGAGUUAUCAGAAAGAACAACCUCAACACAAAAGUAAGCAUCUGAAGUAUGCAGAAGAAAACAUUGAGAAGCCUGAAGCCUUUUGAAACAAUGCUUUGGCCACUUUUUGGCCACCACCAAAGAAGGUAUCUUUUGAAGCCUUUGUAAAGAAGAAGUCCUUGUCAACUGUUAAGCAUGGAGGUUGAUCCAUUAUGCUUUGGGGUUGUGGUAGCUGGGGGCACAGGGAAUAUUGUGGGAGUGGAAGGAAGAAUAGAUUCCACCAAAUAUUAAGAAAUCUAGAGGCAAAUGUUUGAAGUUCAGUCAAGAAAUUGAAGUUGAAGUUGGGUAUUCCAUCAAGACAAUGAUCCCAAGCAUAGCUGAAAAUCUGAUUAAGAUUUUGGAAUGAAUAUUGUAUAAAAUCUGUGGAGAUAUCGCAAACAUGCUGUGCAAGGAAGCCGAAGAAUAUUUCUGAGCUAGAGGUGUUCUGCCAGGAGGAAUUGGGGAAAACACUCUUAGCUGGCUACAGGCAGCAUUUGCAAGCUGUUAUAGUUUCCUAACUGACUGGGCUCCCAAACUCUUGCACAGUGCCUUUUUCCUUUUUUAAAUAAUUUGUAUAAGCUGUAAAAAAACCAAAGUAGUCUUCCUUUAACAUUUGAAGAAAUCUGUCAUGUUUAACUUUAUACCAUUUUGAGGUCAGGUUUACUUCUGUUCACCAAGAUAUUAAUUAUGAAAGGCUUUUUUACCAGGGGUGCCCAAAUUUUUGCAUACGACUGUACUUUUGCUAUACUGUUUGCAAGAGCUGUGGCUUACUGUUUCCUUCAGCGUCAUAAGAAAGAGAUGAUGACACUACUGUCAUAGCUUCUGAUGUUGUUUGGCAUCACAGAUGUUGGGUGCUUACGACAAGUUAAGGUGACAUUAAAUGUAAUGUGGCUAAGCUUGUAUAAUACACUGCAGGGACUGGGAAAAUAAAAAUGAAUGAGAUGA